GUAUCAACUUCUUCUUGUUGAGUAAGAUCUGCAGAAGGUCGAAAAGUCAUAAUUAAACGUUCAAAAAAAAAUCAGGCAUUAUUUCCCAAGGCUUCUUCUCAGGAUGAAGAGAAUAAUGGCAGAUACUAAGCUUGACAACUACAGUGGUAGCAGCAAUUUUAUCGGAAACGGUAACUCGCUAACCAUUAAACCAAUAAAAGGUUUAUCUAGAUCAAUCUCACUGCGUCGAGCACCAUUGGUUAUUGAUAUUACUGAGGAACAGCAACAAUCUACACUACAGCAUCAUAAGAAACCUGUAUUGGCAGGCAGAGCGACUGCUGUGCCGAAGUUUACUUCAAGCUUGUGCAGCAGCCAUGCAGGCACUAUAAAUUCGUCAAAGUCGACAGUUUCUAGCAAGAGCUCGUUAAACAGCUUACGACUUCAAACAUCUUUAUCGCCCAAACCAGCAUAUCUGAGAGAAUGCCAAAAGAGAACUUGUAACAAUAAUCGACGUGACAAAAGUAAUUCAAUAGCGUCUUCAAACCUAACCGUAGCAAAUGGUUUCACAAUCGGCCAAAAGGUCGUUAUACCAAGUUUACAACAAGCACAGGGCACUGUCAGAUUUUAUGGUGAGAUAAUAUUCAAGAAGAAUACAGGUUAUUGGGUGGGAAUUGAGUUGGAAAAAGAAGGUAGUGGCAAGAAUGAUGGGUCUAUUCAAGGUGUGCGUUAUUUUAAUUGCGCGCCUAAUACUGGGCUUUUUGUAUCAGCGGCAAGGGUUAACGCAUUGGAAGAGCAGCAACAAGACAGAUCGCACAGUUAUAUGGACCCUCAUAUGUCAAGAGCAAUAAAGUCAACAAAGACAAAGUUAACAACGGCUGUUAAGACUGUUUCUUCGGUACAUCUGUCAUCUUCUUUGAAAAGAAGCAACACCGUUUCUCUACCUGGAACUACGGCAAUAUGCUCCUCUUCGACGAAACCUACUAAAUCAGCACACAUUUUAAAGUCUAGUAAAUCCACAAAGCUACAAUCUAGAAAGAGCACAAUGGUAACUAAACCUUCACCAAUGCGUAGUACUCCAUUAACAGUUACAACAAAAAAAUCGAAAGUUCCCUCAGAAAAAGAGGCAAAUACUACCGAAAAUCAACUGCAAGAGGUAACGUUUAAAGCCACCGCAUUGAGUAGCAAUAACGAGAACCACAAUGACAAUCAUAGUUGCUUGCAUCGUCAUCGCAAUAGCUCGAAAUCAUCCACGGUAGUGUUGACAAGACCAAAAUCAGCUGAUAUUGAAAGAUUAAGCCGCCUUCUUGAAAGAACAAAUAAAGAAAAACAAGCACUCACUGAACAAAUGGAUAGUCAAGAAGCAGCAUGGGAUCGCCUUGUCAGUGUGAAAGAAAGCUAUGCUGUUCGUGUUAAAGAAAAAGACAAUGAAAUCAUGAGUCUUCAUCAAAAAUUGGAACAUGCUAAUCAUGUCCUCGAACAAUAUACAACUGUCACAGUGGAAAAAAAUGAUGCUUUGAAUAAAGUAGCUGCUUUAGAAGCAACGGGAAAACAACAAAACAGAGUUAUCCAGCAUUUGAAUGAACGCCUCAGCGAUCUCCAGAAGCAUGUUGAAAUGCAAAAGAUCGAAUUUGAGACUUUGUCGAAGAGCAAUAUGAAUCAAAUAGAUCAACUGCGUGAACAAUUACAGGAACGUGAAGAGUUGAUAGUCUAUCUUGAACGCGAAUACGCAGAGUUAAGGAAGAUGCAUAUGGAAACAGUUCAAUCAUAUAAGCAAGAUGUACGUGAGGAACGCCAACAGCAUGAAAAACUCGUGCAGUUAAAAAUUCAAGAGAUAGAUCGACUGCAGAAGACCAUUAAAGAGCUUCGUCAAGAGCAGCAGCAAUUUAACUAUCUCCCACCAACACCUACUUUAUCCGUUACGACAGAUGUAAUCAUCUCUCCAUCGUCACCGCAAAAGCGAUUAGAAGCUCAGUUGGAGUUAGCGACACAUGAGCUCGACCGUGAGCGUGAUAUUAAAACAUCACUAAAUUUACAUAUAGAACAGUUAAAAGCCGAAAUCAUAAGAUUAAAUUCGUUGACAGUUUCGUCUAAUUCCCAAUACUAUAAUCUACGCUCAAGGCUUGAACAGGAAGUUACAGACAAGCAACGUAUUAUGAAUGAAGCAAAUGUAGCAACACAAGCGCACUGUAGAGUAGAAGAAGAGAAAGAGACAUUAAAGCUUGCACUUCAAAAAUCACAGCAGGAUUUGAGUGAAGUACUGAAGAAGCUUGCAUCAAUCGAAAAGGAGCAACAGCAACGAAAAUCAGAUUCAGUGCUGAAUGUAACAUGUAAUAUUGAAGAGAACGAGUUUUUUUGCUCAAAAUGUGGAAAUGGCAAUGUGAAGCAGGGCAACAAAUGCUUAAAAGAAGCUUACCAAAAGUUAGAGGAGAAGUAUAUGAAUAUUAAGUUUCAGGUAUUGGCUGUUGAAAAGGAACAGACGAUAGAAGACUUGAAAGUUUAUAAAAAGAGUAUUGCUGGGGGUAACCGACAGCAGCAGCAACCCAAAGGGGUAAAGCGAUUGUCAAAUGACUUAGUGAGCGAGCAUCACUAUAAAAGCUUGAUAAAUGAUAAGCAAUCUGAAAUAGACCGGCUUUCAAAGGAAAUGACUGAUUUGGAAUCGUUACUAGAAAGUAAAAUACUUAGCGAAGCACGACUAGAAGAAAUAAUAGUUACCGAAAAAGAAAAAGUGCGACUACUGGAAAAGCAACUUCAGGUUGCUAAAAUAAGUAUUUAAUAUCCGUAUGAAUUCAAGAUUUUGCAAGA